AUAAAAUAUAAUUUCUUUUCUCCCAAUAUCCAAAGUACUAUCGUCUCUUUUCUCACCUUACUAAUACUAUCGUGAUUUUUUUUUUCUCUCCCCAUAAUCCAGCAUCCCCUACCUCCAUGUAUUCAGACGACUCGUUUGCUUCAUCCGCGACUGUGAGAUUUCAGUGAUGAGCAAUCCAUAUUUUUUUGAGGUGUGGUUGGCUUCAAGACCCUGUUUUCAGGGAGAACCUACUUGGGGUGACCACAUCAAUUUGUAGGUGCCAAGGAUGAUCUAAUCCAUGUUGUUUGAGGUGCAGUAGAUCCAAGUCUCUGCUCUCCAGAGAGAACCUACUUGGUGAAGAGAUGUAAAUGAUAGCCUUUUUGUAGAGUUUUGGGGAAGUUGCAAGUCGAAGAGAGACAAGAAGAAGAAGAGUAAGAAAGACUCAAGAGAGACAGCUAAGGUUUCUGAGCAUUUACAGUAACAUCGCAAUUGAUUUUCGGAUAGUGAGCCCAAAACCUUUGUAAUGCCAGAGCAAGAAGAGGCAAAUAUUGGGAGGAGAGGUAGAGCCGCAGUGGUGGUUCUCGGUGAUAUUGGCCGCAGCCCUCGAAUGCAAUACCAUGCCCUUUCACUUGCCCGUCAGGCAUCCCUAGAGGUGGACAUUGUUGCAUAUGGAGGUUCUGAUCCCCACUCAGCUUUACUAGAGCACCAAUCAAUCCAUAUUCACACAAUGACCCAGUGGCCAACGAUCCCUCGGAAUUUACCAAAGAUACUUUAUCCACUGAUGCUUUUGCUCAAGCCAUUGAUUCAGUUUCUUAUGCUUCUAUGGUUUCUGUGUGUUAAAAUACCUGCUCCUGACGUUUUUAUAGUACAGAAUCCACCUUCUGUUCCAACCUUAGUGGCUGUAAAGUGGGCCAGCUGGCUGAGGCGUUCCACUUUUAUUGUCGAUUGGCAUAACUUUGGAUAUACUCUGUUGGGAUUGUCUCUCGGAAGAAGUAGUCAUUUUGUGACAUUAUAUCAUUGGUUUGAGAAGCAUUUUGGGAAGAUGGCAAAUGGUUCGUUAUGCGUGACAAAGGCAAUGCAGCAUGAAUUGGCACAAAACUGGGGAAUUAAAGCCACAGUUCUAUAUGAUCAGCCUCCAGAGUUUUUCCGUCCAGCUUGCAUUGAGGAGAAGCACAAGUUGUUUUGUAGGAUUGAUAAAUAUGUCGGUCAACCUUAUGGCCUUCGGGAUUGCAUCAGCAAUGGAAUUACAGAAAUGGGGAACCCUGAUUCAAAUGAAACUUUAUUUACAACCCAGGUUGGCACGGACAUUUUGUUGAAGCGAAACAGGCCUGCGCUUAUUGUUAGCAGCACAAGCUGGACUCCAGAUGAAGAUUUUGGCAUUCUUUUGGAAGCAGCAGUUAUGUAUGAUAGACGUGUUGCAGCAAUCUUAAAUGAAGUUGACUCAGUAGGGGAAGAGGCUUUUUGGAAGGAAAUUUGCGACGGGAAAGAAUUCACGUACCCUAGGUUAUUAUUCAUCAUUACAGGAAAGGGACCUGAAAAAGAAAAAUAUGAAGAAAAAAUUAGAAAACUUCACCUCAAACGUGUAGCAUUCCGUACCAUGUGGUUGUCAGCUGAAGAUUACCCAUUGCUUCUUGGAUCAUCAGACCUGGGGGUUUGCCUGCAUACUUCCUCGUCCGGGUUGGAUCUUCCAAUGAAGGUUGUGGAUAUGUUUGGCUGUGGAUUGCCUGUUUGUGCUGUUUCCUACUCUUGCAUCAAGGAACUUGUAAAAGUUGAAAAAAAUGGGUUGCUUUUCUCUUCAUCUUCAGAGCUAGCUGAUGAACUCUUGAUGCUUUUCAAGGGUUUUCCAGAGGAAUGUGAAGCUUUGAAGUCGUUAAGGAAUGGUGCAUUGAAAACGGGGUCUGCUUCAAGGUGGGCAACCGAGUGGGAAGACAACGCCAAGCCUCUAAUAUCCGAGGUUAUUAAUGGGAACUUCAAUUAAUUCCAGUUCUCAGCUGAAAUGGGAUUCAAGAAAUGUUCUUGAACUGAAAGUUUGUAGCUUCAGCAAUGCCAGUUACAAACAUUCAUCCUGCGCUGGUGGUUAAUGGCAAAAGGGUUGGUGGGCUACCUUUACAUGCUGGCUCAAUUUAUCCGGAAGGAGAUUGGAUUAUCUAAUUUAGAAGUCAUUUUUAAUUUUUUUCUUUUUCUCAGAGAGAGGUAUGGAAAGAUUUUGCCAAAUUUUGAAAUGAAAUAAAUUCAUUAUAUAGCUUAUAUCAUCA